AUGAAGAUCACUAUAAUCGCUUUACCACUUUGCCUCUUCGUCCUACAAGGGCCAUUAGCAACUUCUGCUUUCUCAGCGAACAAACCAUCGUCGCCAUCGAUUCGAACGAAGGAUCAUUCGUACGUAACCUCCCUGUUCUACAGAAAGCACGAGCAUGAAGACGAACACAAAAGUAAAAGAGCAAAACAAAAGACUAGGCGGCGAGUGUACAAGCACUUGUUCCGACACUACGGAGAUAUUAGCUUUGAUAGUUGGCUUCGGUGCGAGGAUCCCCAAUCAUUUUUGCUUUCGAUUGGAUACACACAAGGAGAAAUUGACAAACUAUCAAAUGAUUUCCCCCCACUAUUGACAUUAAAUGUACACGACCAACUGGCAUCAAAAGUCCGCUUUUUAGUUGAGACUCUAGGAGGAGGAGAAGGUCGGUUGACCUGGAAUCAGGACCAAGACAAAAUUGAAACGUCAUUCAUCAUGUCUCCGGAUGAUGGCGAAGCCGAAUGCUCACUCUUGGACAACUCGGAAUCUUCGGGCGAUCAGCAUUCACUGCGAUUAUCAACAAUAUCCAAAAUGAAUGCUCCAGCUGGCUUUUUUGGAUGCUCGUUAGAUCGCGAAGUUGGUCCAUAUCAUGCCUACCUUCAGCAUUCUGGCUUGCUUUGUGGACCCGAACUGCUUGCCGAACCAACACGAUUUGUGGAGUUCUUGGAAGCCUCCAAGUCGAUCGAGGCUUUCUCGGAACUAUGUCAGCAGUGGAGUGACCCCAAAGAGGCAACCGAUAAACAUUCCACAGAAACAAUAGGGGCAUUCUUGGACAGCAUUACGCCGGGCCUAUUGCCAGUUGCCAAAAAGGACACGUCGUAUUUCGUCGACCUGUUGCUGCAACAUGGAUACAAUCCUCUCGAGUAUGAUACGAAUACUGGUAUUGGGCCACUUCAUUGGCUGGCGGGCCGUGGGCAGCUGGCAGGAACACAAUCGGUGGUUCAGGCACUCCUUCAGGAACAUGACGAGUCAUCUCUCUUGGAGUUACUAGACAACACACGAGACCCGAAAAUGGGCGCAACACCCUUCCAUUGGGCCGCCUGUGGUAUGAAUACAAGCUUGCAAGGUGGCGGAGGCUCUAUUGAAGUCUGUCGAUGGAUCAUCGAUCGGGUUUUUGAAGAGGGUGAUAAGGAUGCUCUUGUCAAGCUCUGCAAUCUACCUUGCUGGACAAACCAGAGUACCCCAUUGAUGUAUGCUGCUUGGGGUGGCAAUUUGAAGCUUUGUGAAUUAUUACUGGAAGAAGGUGGAGCCGACCCAAUGCAUGCCGACAAGCUUGGCCAAAGUGCCCUGCAUUGGGCUGCGGCUGCGGGGCAUCUGAGCGUAUGCCAAUACUUGGCUGGAGAAUGUGAUCGUCAAUUGCUUUCGUUAGCAUCCGCACCAAAAGCGGAGCAGGAUGCUUCAUCUGCAAAAGAUCAAAUCGAAAGGCAGAUCUUAGAACCAGACAAUAGUGGCAUGACACCUCUGGACUAUGCAAUGCAGCACGAUCGUAAGGAUGUCAUCGAGUGGAUGAAGAAAUUGCUGUAG